GUGCAUCCUGAGCCCCUGGUUUCGGGAUCCGCCGGGGUCGAGGCCAUCCCGUCCCUCGAGCGGGCUGCAUUAUCGGGGUGAUCCCGCAGGGCCCAUCAGCCUGUCCCCGCGCCCCCCCACGAUGCCUUUCUUCGGGAACACGUUCAGCCCCAAGAAAACGCCCCCUCGGAAGUCUGCCUCUCUCUCCAACCUGCAUAACCUGGACCGAUCAGCGCGCGAGGUAGAGCUGGGCCUGGACUAUGGUACCCCCACGAUAAACCUGGCCGGCCAGAGUCUGAAGUUUGAAAAUGGCCAGUGGAUGGCAGAGUCGGGGGUCAGUGGUGGUGUGGACCGCAGGGAGGCCCAACGCCUCCGGAGACGCAAUCAGCAGCUGGAGGAGGAGAACAACCUUCUGAAGCUGAAGGUGGACAUUCUGCUGGACAUGCUCUCCGAGACCACGGCUGAAUCCCACCUGAUGGAGAAGGAACUGGAUGAACUGAAGAGCGUCAGCCGGAGGCGGAAGUGAAGACCCAAAAGCCCCCCAACAUACAGGGAGACCUCCCUGCUGAUUAGAGAAGAUAGUGCAGGGGGGAUCUCUUCCAUGUUAUGGGGAGGAUCAUCUCACAUCUUUGAUGUUAUGGGGAGGGUCAUCUUGCAGCUCCCUAGUGUACUUGAGUUGCAAAGAGAAGGAGGAAAAAGACCAAGAUUCUGCACACCACCCCUUGGUCAUCUAGACUGGGGGUACUCCCGGAGUGUGUUCUGCUUUGUAACAUCCAAUUGCAUGUUCCUGGGGUGCCUCUGGGGUGAAAAGCAGCAAGUUCAUUUUGGACACCCCCUCCUCACAUAGAUGAAUCCUGUAUUUGGUGGACCCAGAAGAGAGCUUGCUUGCCCCCUGCUUCUUUGCCCUAUUCCCUAAGAGCACAUGAACCCAAAUCUGGGGGGUUCCUGAAGUGCUCCCAAGCCUUCCACAACAACACUACUUUCAUGCAUCUUUUCACACACUUAUUUUUUUUUU